AUGCGGCAGUCCUCCGACCCGCACGACUUCAAACCGGGGCCUGAGCCUCCAGAGUACCCCUUAUUUCCCAGAGCCAUGACAGUUCUGUGCCCUCCCCCUCAGGCUGCAACUUCCAGAGUCUGCGGAAGGGGAGUUGGCAGGUGCAAGUGUCUGGGCGAAGUGCUGCGCCUAGCUCAGUUGGUGGCGGUCUCUGCCUCGUCCGCAGGUCCAGGGAAGGCUCCUUGCCUGGCGCUGCCCCGACUGACGCGGUCGGAGAAGAGCGGAGCGCGGAAACUACGGCGAUUGAGUCCUCCGAGGCUGCGAGCGUCGCUGUCGCCGUCGCUGCCGCUGCUGAGUGGUUUCCUCCUUGCGGCUGCAAGGGGGGAGAAGGGGGCAGCUGGCAACGUGGUGGAGCCGGUACCUGGGCCGGCGGGCGGCUCCUCGGGUCGCUUCCUGAGCCCCGAACAGCACCCGUGCAGCUGGCAGCUCUUGCUGCCCGCCCCGGGGGCCACAGCUGGCAGUGAGCUCGCGCUGCUCUGCCAGAGCCGGGACGGGGCGCGCCACCGGUGCCCCUACCGCGGGGAGCAGGAGAGCUGCGCCGCCUACGCCGCUAGUCGCUCGCACUUCUGGAAGCAGGUGAUGGGCCGCCUGCGUCACGACCCCGCGCCGCUCCAGGCCCGCUUGUGCGCGGGCAAGAAGGGCCACAGGGCUGAGCUGCGGCUAGAGCCCCGCGCGUCCCCAACCGCACGCCCCACCGCCGCGGGAUUCGCCGGGAAGCCCAAGCCCAAGCCCGGGGCCGGGAGCCGGGGACGGCCUCGGGAGCGUGCGCCCGGCGCUGCCGCAGGGACACCGCUUCCCCAAAGCGCACCGCCCAAAGAAAAGCCCUCUGAGAGGAAGACCAAAGGGGGCAAGAGAAAGGCGGCCUCGGUCCCCAACGAGGAGCGACUUGGGACCGGGCCCGACCCCGACGGGCUGGACCGGAACGCGGAGCUCACGGAGACCUACUGCGCUGAGAAGUGGCACUCCUGCAACUUCUUUGUCAAUUUCUGGAACGGCUGAGGCUGCCUGCCAGCCCAGGGAGGGAUGAGGGAGAAGGCGUGGGGAAGUGAAAGCUAAGAGCAGCUUAGACCAGGGCUUACCAUGACAGAGAGGAGUCCAGGUUCUAGUAUGGGGCAGGGCAGGGUGAGGGUGGGGUGCUUGGGAUGAGAGUGUAAGGGGUAUGGAGAAUCUCUGGGAUAGCAGAGAAAUUAAAAAAUUUGAAGAGACUCAGUCCUGAUUAAGAGCAGGAAAAAUAAUGGAAACAGAAAUAGGCGUACCUUAAAUGUGCAAAACCGGAGACUGGGGAAAGAAUCGAGGCAGAGAAAGGCUAAGAAUAAGGAGGAGACAGAGUGACUAAAGUGAUGUGAGUCCCACGUGGGGAGGAGGAUGCAAUGUUUAUUGUUUAACAUUUCUGUUAAAGGCAGCCAUAAGAAAUUGACAACCUGAGCCAGGUCGAAUCAAUGUCUUCUCACCUAAUCAGCUAACAAGACUGCAGACUUUCUAUUAUUGUUUUUCCUUGAGAUGGAGUCUUGCUCUGUUGCCCAGGCUGGAGUGCCGUGGUACAAUCCCGGCUCACUGCAACCUCUGCUCCCUGCAAGGUUCAAGCGAUUCUCCCGCCUCAGCCUCCUGAGUAGCUGGGAUUAUAGGCAUCUGCCACCACGCCUGUAUUUUUAGUAGAGACUGGGUUUCACCAUGUUGAUUAGGCUGGUCUUGAACUCCUGACCUCGUGAUCCACCCACCUCAGCCUCCCAAAAUGCUGAGAUUACAGGUGUGAGCCACCGUGCCCAGCCUAAGACUGCAGUCGUUUUUCCCCUUUCUGAAUUGGUAGGAACUUGGAUGCCACGUGGUGGUUGUCAUAGAUAACCUCUAAAGGGACAGAAGCCUCGCAGGUGGAAACUGGCUCCAGGGGAAGAUUUUCAGAAUGAUUGCCUUUCCAUUCUUUUAGAAGGACUACUUUUUUUUUUUUUUAAGACAAGGUCUGGCUUGCCCAGGCUGGAGUGCAGUGGCUAUUCACAGAUGCAAUCAUAGGCACUGCAGUCUCCAACUCCUGGCCUCAAGGGAUCCUCACAUCUUAGCCUCCAGAAUAGCGGGGAAUAGCUGGGACUACAAACAUGCACCGCUGCACGUGGCUUAGAAGUGCUACUUUAUUUUUAUUUUUGAGACAGGGAGUCUUGUGUUGUCUGGUCUGAAGUGCAAUGGUCCAAUUAUGGCUCACUGCAGCCUUGACAUUCCAGUCUCAAGUGAUCCUCUUGCCUCAGCCUCCAGAGUAGCUCCAACUACAGUGGUGUGCCACUAGAAGUGCUACUUUUUAAUGAAAUGAUGACUAAUGUUCUAGAACUUUCCCAUUAACCUGUAUUCAGAAGUAAAUUAUGGAUGUUGAGUACUCCAGUAAAAAGUAUUCUCUUUAUAUUUGAUAUUUUUUAAAAGAGCUAAAAUGUAAGUAUGUGUCUCAGUCAUUUUGAUCAUUAUGGAAGUUGUAUCUCUCUGUUUUAUGUAACUAAUUGUUAAUGUAUUUCAUUUUUAGUGUGAUGUAAUGAUAGACUGUGUAUGUUAGGUGCUCAAUAAAAACCGUAUAGUUAGAUUUAAAGAA